CCACGAUGAAACGACAGCAAACAUCGGGGUUAGGAAGUACAGACGUGAAGAGCUUAUAAAUCGGGUUGAAAUAUAUAAACGACUAAGAUCCUAAGAAGUUCUUCAUAUACUUCUCACAGUCUAAUCGAGUUAUCGAUCGACCACACAAAAACAAUUUCUUGUUUCUCUGCAAAUCCACUUUUCAGGCUCAAUUCGAUUAUCAGAAUGUCAGUGUCAAACUGCUGCCUCACAGCCUUCCAAUGGAACGGCACUCCUAAAGGCCAUGAAGCAAAGCUCGCCAACAACAAUUGCUACAUAACUUCCUCUGCCAACCCGAACCCCAAGACCGCUGUGUUUCUCAUCCACGACCUUCUUGGCUGGGACUUCCUCAACGUUCGUCUCCUCGCGGAUCACUACGCCGAAGAGACAAACACUACUGUCUACGCCCCUGAUUUCUUUGGCGGGGAGAGCGUGGAUCGUGACCAUGUCCUCGCUGGCCGUUUCGACAAGAUUGACCUUCAUGGCUUCAUUGGCAAGAAUUCUCGCGAGAUUCGAGAGCCUGAAAUCUUUGCUUGUGCCAAAGCUUUGAAGGAAAAGUACGAGAAAGUUGCUGCUGUUGGAUUCUGUUACGGGGGAUGGGCGGUUCUCCGUCUUGGCGCCAAGGAACACAAAUCUCCUCUCGUGGACUGCAUUUCUCUUGGUCACCCAUCUUUGAUGAUCAAGAAAGAUUUCGACGAAGUAGCUGUUCCGGUUCAGAUUCUAGCUCCUGAAAUUGACCAGGCAUUUACUCAAGAGCUCAAAGAGUAUGCUUUUACAACCAUCAUGAAGUUGGGAGUUCCUUUUAAUUAUCAGCAUUUUCCUGGAGUGGAACAUGCUUGUCUCGUGCGGGGAGAUGAGAACAUAAAGGGUGAGAGGGAAGCGAUGGCUAGGGGAAAGAAUGCUGCUGUGGCAUGGUUCAAGCAGUUCUUGGAUGACGAGUAAAGGGAAGGAGCAUCUGAACUGAGUUGAUCACGACCCUCUCUUUUGCCAAGAAUUUGGCUCAAGAAUUACUGGUACAUAAGAGUAUUAACUAGCAUUUUGAACGACGGUAUGGAAGUUUUUCAAUGCACCCAACGUAUUGUUUAGCAGUGCACCCCAUUGCUCGUCACUACAUGCCAUCUUACUCCACCCAUAAUCCACUAAAACAUACAAGGACC